AUGCACGUCCUCCGCGCAGCCACCACCUCGCUCUCGCCGCGCGCCGUCGCCCGCGCCUCCAUCGCCGCCGUGCACCGCAGACCCGCUGUCGGCCAGCGCUGGUACUCCGACGAAAAGGCCCCGGCCAGCGAGAAGGGCCAGGGCCAGGCAGAGGCGGGCGCCGGCGCUGCGGCGGAGGACGGCCCCUGCGCCGCCGUCGAGAGGAAGCUCAAAGCCAAGGAGGAAGAGGCCGUCGACCUCACCGGCCGCCUGCGCUACCUCCAGGCCGACUUCCUCAACCUCCAGCGCAACGCCGCGCGCGAGAAGGAGCAGACCCGCGACUUUGCAGUCUCGCGCUUCGCUGGCGACCUCCUCGAGACCGUCGACGUCCUCGCCCUCGCCCUCAAAUCCUCACCCGCGGCGCACCUCCAGGAGCUCUACACCGGCGUCGAGAUCACCCACCGCCUGCUCCUCCAGACGCUCUUCAAGUACCAGAUCAAGCCCUUCGACCCCACCGGCGACAAGUUCGACCCCAACCGCCACGAAGCCCUCUACCAGGCGCCCAUACCGGGCAAGGAGCCCGGCACCGUCAUCGACUGCCAGAAGACCGGCUACAUGAUCAAGGACAGGGUCCUGCGCGCCGCCCAGGUCGGCGUCGUCCAGGAGUCGUGA